AUGGAGUCUGUUUUCACUCUUUUGCAUGUGGUAAUAGCCAUUAUAAAUGUUUCCAAAGCUAAUGAAACUACUUGCAGCUUGCUGGGAGAACCUGUGUACCCACAGCUGUGGAAGGAUGGGGAUAUCAUAGUGGGAGCAAUUUUUCCCUUCCAUGGUGGCUGGAAGGUCACAGACAUGACCUAUACUAUUGUACCACCUUCAGUAAACUGCACGAGUCUGGAUUUCAAAGCUUUCCAGUAUUCACAGUCCUUGAUCUUUGCAAUUGAGGAGAUCAACAACAGCUCGUCUUUGCUGCCUGGAGUCUCACUGGGCUACGAGAUCUAUGACACCUGUAGUUCUACAGCACUGGGUGUUAAAGCAGCAAUGGCAUUGAUUAAUGGGAAUAAGAAAUCAGUUUUAGAUGAGCCAUGUACAAAGUCAGCAAAGGUUCAAGCCAUAAUAGGAGAAGAAUUCUCAUCAAUAUCCAUGGCUGUAGCAAAGAGUAUCGGACCCUUCAGUAUGCCUUUAAUCAGUCACUAUUCUACCUGUGAGUGUCUCAGUGACAAGAGCAAAUAUCCCUCAUUUCUGCGCACUAUUCCCAGUGAUUACCAUCAGAGCAGAGCACUGGCAGAGAUGGUCAAGCACUUUAACUGGACCUGGGUUGGAGCAAUAAGAAGAGAUGAUGACUAUGGUAACAAUGGGAUGGCUGCAUUUACUAAAGUGGCUGAGCAGUUGGGAAUAUGUUUGGAAUAUUCUCUUCCAUUUUUUAGAACCUACUCACAAGAAAAAGUGAUGAGAAUUGUUGAAACAAUCAAAAGCUCCACUUCUCGAGUAAUAGUGGGAUUUCUUUCUCACUGGGACCUGCAGAUUUUGAUACACGUGUUUGCUGAACACAACAUUACUGGUUACCAGUGGGUCGGAACUGAAGGCUGGGUCUCUGAUUCACUACUGGCCACACUGGACCAAUACAACGUGCUACAAGGAGCCAUAGGCCUGGCUAUUCCCAAAACAACAGUAACCGGUCUGCAGGACUUUAUUUUAGAUAUAAAACCACUCAAAUCUGUAGGCAGUGCCAUUUUUACUAUAUUCUGGGAGAUGUUGUUUGGGUGUACAUACACAAAGCAGAUCGAUUCAAAAGAAUUACCUUUGUGCACAGGAGAAGAGAAACUGUCUGAGAUGAAAAACUCUUAUACUGACAUGACCCUGAUGCCCAUUUUCAGUAAUGUGUAUAAAGGAGUUUAUGCCAUUGCCCAUACCCUGCAUGACCUUCUUAAUUGUCAACAAACCUGUGCCUCUAAGUACCAACCUGAUCUUCUCACAUUUCUGGAGCAACUCAAAAAGGUUCGAUUCAAAACCAAAGAUGGUGAAGAAGUUUAUUUUGAUAAAAACGGUGACCCCCCAGGAAAGUAUGAAAUAAUAAACUGGCAAACAAGUAAAGAGCACCAACAUGAAUUUGUUACUGUUGGACUGUAUGAUUCGUCUUUUCCUAUUCAUGACCGUUUAACAGUAAACAUGGCCUCUAUUGUGUGGGCAAAAUACAGCAAUCAGGUACCAACAUCUGUAUGCAGUGAAAGUUGCCCACCAGGAACGAGAAAGGCUGUGAAAAAAGGAAAACCGAUCUGCUGCUUUGACUGCAUUCCAUGUGCUGCAGGGGAAAUCAGCAACAUGACAGUUCUGGGUAAAACAAUAGUGGUGUUGAUGGCGUUCAGAGCGACACUUCCGGGCAGUAACAUCAUGAAAUGGUUUGGGCCUCCACAGCAGAGACUCAGUGUUCUUGCUUUUACUUUAAUACAGGUCAUUAUUUGUGUUCUUUGGUUAAUAAUAUCUCCUCCGUACCCGUUUAAAAAUCUCAAGCAUUACAAAGAAAAGAUCAUACUGGAAUGUAAUCUGGGUUCUGUUGUGGGUUUCUGGGCUGUUCUGGGUUAUAUCGGGAUUUUGGCUCUUCUGUGUUUUGUUUUGGCUUUUUUAGCUAGAAAACUUCCUGAUAAUUUUAAUGAAGCUAAAUUUAUCACCUUCAGCAUGUUGAUAUUCUGUGCAGUUUGGAUCACUUUUAUUCCAGCGUAUGUCAGUUCACCUGGUAAAUUUACUGUAGCUGUGGAGAUUUUUGCUAUUCUGGCCUCCAGUUUUGGUUUGCUGUUCUGUAUUUUUCUUCCUAAAUGUUACAUAAUCAUCCUGAAACCUGAGAAGAACACCAAAAAACAACUGAUGGGAAAAUGA